GGAGGGUUAUUGCAUUGCUGUUGUACGUCGAUAUCGAUUAAUUAGUAUUGCACAUUGUUUGCCAUAUACAACGGGUUAUCAGACGUGUUCGCUUUACUUCCGUGUAAUUAAGCUUGUGGGGAAAACGUAAAGAUAUUCUUUCAGCUCUUUAUUGGAUUUAAAAGAACGGAUGAUUCAGCUGAAACUACGUCUUGACCGCCUUAAGCCAUAAGUGGCAGUUAGAAACAAUGACGGCUUUGGAGCGCAGAUCUGUGCCAUGCCAUGUAUAGUAAAGGUUGAAGUCAAAAUGUGAAUUGUGGUCAGUCUGUACCUAAUGAAAUGGAUAUUUGUGUUACUAGUGAAACAUUGUAUACAUAAUAAUUACACCUGUGUAAACAUUUAAGGAGGUUUUCGCGGUAGAGAAUGGCGCUGACGACCGGGGAGCUCGCGGCCGUCAUAUCCGGCUCGAUCGGCGGCCUCAUCAUCAUCCUUGCCAGCAUCGCCCUCAUACUCUACUACUGCGUCAGACGGAGUCGAAAACGGCGACGGGCCGAUCAUAAGCCGUUCCCUCACCACCAUCUGACUCCUGACACGAGUCUGAGCAAGACCAGUCUACCCAGGCCCGGGGAUCCUCGAGAUCCCCGGGACGCACGCGCCCUUCAGGACCCCAGGAUCGACCCUCGCUUAGAUCCCCGGAUAAUCGAUCCGCGCCUGCCCAAGGUAGGCAGCGCGAGCCUGUGGUUCGGCAAUCCCUCCCUAUAUAGCGCCACACCCUCCCAGGCCUACCAAGACAUGAAGCGGGGGAAGGUUGGUGGUCGACCACCGGACCAACCGCUGCCCGGACUUCAAGGUCCACCCGGGCACAUGGUGUACACGGGAGGGAACGCGGGCCGCGGGAUCUACCACAGCCAGCAGGUGGCGUCCCCUAUGUAUGAGCAGGAGUAUCGCAUUCCAAGAAGUGGCAGUUACAUGGACCUGUAUUCGUAUCCAUACAAUUACGACCCCUACAGAGAUAUCAACAACUCAAGGGCGGUCUUGGUAGAACUACCCGAGAAGGAAGAGUACUACCUGGACAGAUAUAGAGAGCGUGAGACACGUCGUACGGGGAAGAAGGUGCGACGUUCACAAAGUGACGUUACGUUACACUCCACACGUAGACCAAAGAACCGUAAACAGCGAGGCGAGACACCUUUCGAUAAGACGUCGACGUCACGUGACAGUGACGACAGAGGCAGCAGGGAACGCGAGGGUCUGCGGGCCAGCAGGGACAGCUAUGAGCGUGUUGAGGGGCGGGACCGCGACAGCCGGGAGCGCCGUGGGAGUCGUGACUGGGACGGGGCUCGGAAGGACCGCACCACCGUCGUAGACGUGCACAAACCAAAGAAACAAGCUCCGCCUCCUCCACAGCCGAAGCCCAGGCGUGACGAGGUCGAAGCAAAAGCAAGGAACUUUUCUGACCCCGAAUUAGGAGAGUCAGCGACGGACAGUGCAAAACUCAGGGCAAUAGAACGUGAAAGGGAACGUGAGAGAGAAAGGGCAAGGGAAAAGAAGCUUGAAAGAGAGCUUGAUAAGGUGAUAGAAAAAGACAAUCGUGCGUUUGUGCCUGAUGAAGAUCUUCAUGUAAGACCUUAUAGUUACACAGGCAAACCGGUUCAGCAGUCUACAAAAUACGAAAAUUCCAUAGUUGCUAAAAUGGCAGCAUUAACAGAGACCCCAAAAGCAACAUAUAUCAGACCAAGUGACAAUUUUUCUCGUGAAAAUUUACCUCAGGGCUUCCAUGCUGAAGUGACCAAGAAGUUGGAAAAUUUGAAAAGUGGUGAUGGCGUCCCUAAGUCCAUUGAUACGACGGAAGGCCCGGUCGCCACCUCGACUGGGAAGCACUCCCGGGCAAGCCGGCCAACCAGCGCCCGUGAACAGCGAAGGUCCCGCCGGAGCUCCAAUGUCACAGACGCCGACGGUAACAUAGUGGACGCGUUCGAGUUUCUGGACGGGUAUUCUGACGGGGAGGGGACAGACUUCCAUGGAAGCGGGAUGAGCACCCCCACGCCGGCUAGAGAUACGGACAUCAACUUAUAGCAUAAGUCUUGCCAAACCACACAUCGAAGAAACGCCCACAUUUCCGGCUUGCCUGGUUCCGCGCAUAUUCACAAGGGGCGAUAACCAGUUACAGACUAGAUAUCGAGGGUUGACUGGCGUCCAUUUCCUGGUGUGAUCGCGGUGUAACAAUCUCAGGAUUUAUUCAUAUGUGUUUGUACGCCAACUUGGUACUUGUGAUAAUGUGUGCCAAUCAUGUGUAGUUCUAUAUUCAUAAAGUAUUAUAUAUCGUAAGUUAUUAUCUGUAUAUAAAGCCACCUAGCCUUUGUUCCAGCGUGCACUUUUUGCAUGGAAACGGUUAGCAUUUUAAAUAUCAAGGUAUCUGUUUGCCUCUUUUUCAAACUUUUCGUUACAUAUCAAUGGUUGUGUUCUUGAAUUGCAAAAAACUGUUAUUCCGAUGUUUUGAUUACCGCUCUAAUUAUGUUUUUAAAUAUUCUUGAUCUGGGUUCUUCCAUCGAUAUUUAUACAUUUAUUAUUUGUUUUGUAUGAUCUUGUUUUACCACUAACAGAAAAAUAAAGGUUAUAUGAUAUUGCCUUA